AUUACUUGACAUCAGAUAACUAGAGAAUUCCAAGAAAAUUAAAUAAAACUAAUGUUUUUUCUUGGGAUGGAUUUCUGUUUGUAAUCCGUAAACGCAAAGAGAACGCGUGACUAUGGCUUUGUGUUGUCAGCUGACUACAGCAAUACGGAAGUAAAUUCAUACAAUUGUAGGAUCUCUAGGUAAAUGAAGUUUGUAUGAAGACAAAAUGUCUAACUCUGGAACGUUAUUCCUGCUUGUGUGUAUUACUUUUAUUCAUACCACUUACUCGGUUUUGGAACGUUACCCAGAUUCCCACAACAAAGGCAGAGAUAUUGCUGCAAAGAAAGAUGCUAUUGGAACUGUGCUUGAAUCAGCAUGGACCUUCAAGCUGGAAAAGAAUGGUUCUGGUGAUGGUAACAGUAGCAAAAAAGACCUGAUCUACGGAUUCUCUGCUUGCGCAGUUGCUGCUGUCUUCUUUGGGAGUAAUUUUGUUCCUAUUAAGAAGUUUGACACUGGAGAUGGAAUGUUUUUCCAGUGGAUUCUGUGUGCUGCUAUUUGGCUUGUUUCAUUGAUUGCAAAUAUUAUCCUUCAUUCUCCACAGUUUUGGCCUUUUGCCAUGUUAGGAGGUUUCAUUUGGGCUACAGGAAACAUCACUGUUGUUCCAAUUCUAAAAACUAUUGGCCUCGGCCUUGGCCUCCUAAUCUGGGCAUCAUUCAAUUUACUUAUGGGCUGGGCAAGUUCUACGUUUGGUUGGUUUGGAAUAGACAAAGAAACGCCUCCAAGACCUUACCUAAGUUACAUAGGAGCUGCACUUUGCGUGUUAAGUGCCCUAAUAUUUUUCUUUGUAAAAAGUGAAGGAGUCCCUUCCAGAUCUGAAUCGGAAACAACGCCAUUACUUUCUCAUGGAACCAUUAAUGAGUCUCCAUCAGAUGCAUCAUGGGUGGAUGCACUCAACCCCCUAAAGAAAAGGCUGAUAGGAUGUGGACUAGCAGUGAUAGCAGGACUUCUGUAUGGAUCUUCAUUUGUGCCUGUGCUCUAUAUCAAGGAUUGUGCCAAAAGAAAUGAUACCCGUUUUGUAGGUGCAUCUCAAUUUGACCUGGACUAUGUGUUUGCACAAUUCAGUGGCAUAUUCCUUACCAGUACUGUGUACUUCUUAAUAUACUGUGCUGUGAUGAAGAACAGACCUAAAAUAUAUCCCCAAGCGGUACUUCCUGGAUUUGUCUCGGGGAUUAUGUGGGGGAUUGCUACUUGCUGCUGGUUCCUGGCCAACCACUACCUCAGUGCAGCUGUCAGUUUUCCAAUAAUCACAGCUGUUCCUGGUUUGAUCGCUGCUUUCUGGGGUGUUGUCUUAUUUAAGGAGAUAAAGGGACUGAAAAACUACAUCACCCUGAUUGUGGCAUUCUGCUUCGUAGUGGCAGGCUCGCUGACAACAGCCUUUUCCAAGGUUUGAUGAGAACUGUUCUUACGAUGUUUGCUUCAUGAUGCUUUCUCUUCUCAUUCAUCACAUUUCUCUGACAUGAAGAUGGAACUGGUACUAAUCUCCCUUCAUCAGAGAAACUGUAUGUCAGUGCAAACUUGAGACAUCUUAUUAGACGAAGCACUUUAUUUAGUGUAAGAAGCCAGUAGUAACUCAGGAGCAGUCUCUCAGUAACGUGUCUGGGAUUUACUCAUUAAAAAGGUACAGAAGAAUGCAAUGAAAUCUAUGUCGGGGAGUAAGAUCUAGAUGAAGAACAUUGAAGACUGAUAAUAAUGUAAUGUUCACCUUGCAGGUUGCUCCAGUAUGGAGUUUUUAUUAAAUGUGAUAUGGCAUUCAAAAAUGGAAGAACUAGACAACAUAAGGGAAUUUUAAUGUUGUCUUUCUAUUUUCUGUAGUUUAUACAGUCUUUUAACCCUGCCUGUUCUAACUUCUUACAUUUAUGUUUACUUUUUGUGUUGGCUUGCAUGUAUUUGCAUGCAACACAUAGCACAAGUGGAGCUCAUUUUGUACUAAAUAUGGAAAUUAAUCAAGAUUUAAAUUUUUUGGGGACAGAAAUAUCAGCUAUUGAAACUGACAUUUGUAUGCAGCAGUAUAGUAUUCUUGCAGUGGCAACUUCAAUUACAUCUUUUAUCACUGAUAACAUUAAAUGAUUUGAAAUUAAUUUGAAUGUUGUGCUAUGCAGUGAAAAUACAAUACAGUUCCAGUGCAUCUAUGUUUGAUAUUAAUAAAGAAGGGUGUCUUGAAUUUUGUAGCUGAAGGUGAAA